AUGGCUCACAACUCUUCUACUGAGACCAAAGGGUCUCACGACGCGACUCUCAAGGACAAUCGAGGUCCUCAAAGUAGCCCGGGUCUGAAUUAUGAUGUACUCGAUAAGCUGGCGCAAUUCAAUCGCGAAAAGAUUCCCGAAAGAGCAGUCCAUGCGCGAGGCGCGGGCGCGUAUGGAGAGUUUGAGGUCACAGAUGACAUUUCCGACAUUUGCGACAUCGACAUGCUGCUUGGGGUCGGCAAGAAGACGCCGUGUGUUGUUCGCUUCUCAACAACGGCUCUGGAACGCGGCUCUGCAGAGGCAGUGAGAGACGUCAAAGGACUGGCCGUCAAGUUCUUCACGCAGCAAGGAAACUGGGAUUGGGUUUGCUUGAACAUCCCCAUGUUUUUUAUUCGCGACCCAAUCAAGUUUCCCGACCUCGUCCACGCGCAACGACCUGACCCCAAGACGAACCUCACAAACCCGAGCAACUGGUGGGAAUUCGUAUGCAACAAUCAUGAGACUCUGCACAUGGUCAUGUUCCAGUUCAGCGACUUUGGAACCAUGUUCGACUACCGCAGCAUGAGCGGCUACGUGGGCCACGCAUACAAAUGGGUCAAACCAGACGGUUCAUGGAAAUACGUCCACUGGUUCCUGUCAUCCGACCAGGGUCCCAAUUUCGAGCAGGGCAGCCAGACCAAAGAACUGGCUCCCAACGACCAAGAAAGCGCGACAAGAGAUCUGAAUGAGAGCCUUGAACGGGGCGAAUGUCCUAGCUGGACGGCCAACGUACAGGUCAUUGACCCCGAAGAUGCCCACAAGUUGGGUUUCAACAUUCUUGAUGUGACAAAGCACUGGAACCUGGGCAACUACCCGCCCGACAUCCCUGUCAUUCCGUCAAGGCGUUUCGGCAAGUUGACGUUGAAGAAGGGUCCAAAGGACUACUUCCAGGAGAUUGAGCAGCUAGCGUUUUCACCCUCACACCUCGUUCCUGGCGUCGAGCCCUCAGAGGAUCCCAUGCUGCAGGCACGUCUUUUCGCCUACCCGGACGCGCAGAGACAUCGACUGGGUCCGCAUAACCUCGAGAUACCAGCGAAUCAGCCCAGACAAAAUGUCGAGGAUAACAAGGCCAAGGACUCGGUGCGUCCGGAACCGAAGAGCCAGGAACACUCGGCAUGGGUUUCUGAAACGACCUCGAGCGAAUGGUCGCAGCCAAAUGAGCUAGACUAUAAGUUUCCCAGAGAAUUCUGGAAGUCCCUGCCCGUCUUGCGAGACGACGAGUUCCAGAAUAAUGUGGUUGUGAACAUUGCUGAGUCUGUGUCGCGGACUCCUAGUGCUCUGCGACGGAAAGUAUACCGUACCCUGGGCUUAGUUGCCUCGGACCUGGCGGAUAGGGUGGAAAAAAUGACGGAAGAGUUGGUGAUGGAAGCUGAAAAGAAGGCGAAAUUGUAG